CUUAAUUAAAAAAAAUGGUUUUCUUCAGUUCGUCGGAGGGAAAAUGAAAGCAUGGGCACCCACAACCACCACUACCACCCACCAUCAACGGUUGGCUACUUGGCUUCUCAUGGAUCCUCUCUGACUGAGACUUCUCUUCCGAUUCCCGAUCAUCAUUCCAAGCUCACCGAACGAAGACGACGACUCGCCAUCUCUCCUCACCAUCAUUGCUUCAGAUCUCCUCAAUCUUCCGUAUAUAUCACUUUCCCUCUCGUUCUGCGUGUCUGCGCACAUACGCAUUGCCUCUUCCGGAGUUGUUUGUAGAUCGGCGAGGCUUCAAAUGCGCGUUUCCUGCUCGGAAUCUUCGCUGAUUUGAUUUGGAUUCCGGCCGCAUUUCGCAGUUUUAGUGCUGUGGAAGUGGAACAUGGCCGCGGUUUCUAGCCAGUUGACGCCUGGACAGGUGUCAUUUUUCUUUGUAAGUAUCCCUGUAAUUGUUGCUUGGUUAUAUGCUGAGUGGUUAGAGUACAAGAAGUCAGCGCCCCUAUCUAAAGUCCAUUCUGACAGUAACCUGGCUGAAUUGGGAAAUGAAACAAUCACUGAAAAUGACCGAGCUGCUUUGCUGGAAGGAGGUCUGUCAAAAUCUGCAACCAUGAAAUUACCAAGUUCAUCUAUUAAAACGAACUUGAUUAGGUUUCUAAGAAUGGAGGAUUCAUUCUUGCUUGAGAAUCGAACAACUCUAAGAGCAAUGUCUGAAAUUGGGGGAAUCUUAUUCUAUUUUUACAUCUGCGACCGCACGAAUUUGCUUUCUGAUUCGACUAAGAAUUACAACCGUGAUCUAUUCCUCUUCCUGUAUAUUCUUCUCAUCAUUGUUUCUACAAUGGCUUCUCUCAAAAAACACAAUGACAAGUCAUCCUUUUCUGGGAAAUCAAUUCUUUAUUUGAACCGCCACCAAACAGAGGAAUGGAAAGGAUGGAUGCAGGUUCUCUUCUUGAUGUAUCACUACUUUGCUGCAAUAGAGAUAUACAAUGCUAUUCGUAUUUUUAUUGCUGCAUAUGUAUGGAUGACUGGUUUUGGAAAUUUCUCAUAUUAUUACAUCAGAAAGGAUUUUAGUGUUGCUCGAUUUGCUCAGAUGAUGUGGAGGCUGAACUUUUUUGUUGUAUUUUGUUGCAUUGUUCUUAACAAUGAUUACAUGCUGUACUAUAUCUGUCCAAUGCACACCCUAUUCACCCUGAUGGUGUACGGGACACUUGGUAUUGGCCACAACUAUAAUGAGAUAAGAUCAGUGAUGGCUAUAAAGCUCCUUACAUGCUUGUUAGUGGUUAUCUUGAUUUGGGAGAUUCCAGGAGCUUUUGAGAUUUUAUGGAGUCCGUUCAGUUUCAUGCUAGGUUAUACUGAUCCUGCAAAGCCAGAUCUCCCUCGGAUGCAUGAAUGGAAAUUCAGAUCUGGACUUGAUCGGUACAUAUGGAUUGUUGGAAUGAUAUACGCUUAUUUUCACCCUAAUGUCGAGAAGUGGAUGGAGAAACUGGAAGAAUCAGAAAGCAAGAGGAAACUCACAAUCAAGGCAUCUGUUGUUGCAGUUUCUUCAAUGGCCGGAUAUUUGUGGUACGAGUAUAUAUACAAACUUGACAAAGUCACCUACAACAAGCUCCACCCAUACACAUCAUGGAUACCUAUCACAGUUUACAUUUGCCUGAGGAACUUCACUCAAGAGCUUCGCAAUGUCUCAUUGACUUUGUUUGCGUGGCUUGGCAAAGUUACCUUGGAAACCUAUAUCUCUCAAUUCCACAUAUGGCUAAGAUCAAAUAUGCCGAAUGGGCAACCCAAGUGGCUCCUUUCAUUUCUCCCCGGCUAUCCUUUACUCAACUUCAUGCUGACUUCUUCCGUUUAUAUCUUGAUAUCUUAUAGAAUUUUUGAACUAACCAACACUCUCAAGACGGUGUUUAUUCCCGCAAAAGACGAUAAGAAGCUGUUCCACAACUUUGUUGCUGGCAUCACUGUUUUUACGUGUUUAUAUUUGGCUUCGUUUAUUCUUCUUCAAAUCCUCAACUGAAGAACAUGUGAAUGCAAUACAAGGUUGUCAAGCGUGACUGAAGAUUUCCACUUAUGCUCUACACAGAAUUAAUGGGUUCGUUUCGACGAGGGAGAUGUUGUCUUGUUGGUUAUGGACAUUAGCUCAACUGUGGGUUUUGUAUUUUCACCAUUAUGUGAAAAUAUAAGGGGGGUGCUUGGUAUGGUAAAUAGCAUUUUGAUUAAAAAACUUGACAGUUUUGACUGACUUUGGCCUGUCAGAAUGGUAAAAUAACUGUCUGGUAAGUGUUUUGGAUGAAAAUUUGCCCUUAUUGCAAAGACUAUGAAAUAGUACUUGUAGUUUGUUGUACUUUUUGUUUUGCCACGAAAGUUCUACUACCCUUUGCCUGUAUUUCUUUCCUCAAAGUUUCAAUAAAUUUCCAACAAAGGU